AUGGCAUUAACGAUGAAAAGCAUGCGUAGACUCAUCGAGACAGAAGAUCCAAUGUACUAUGGGCAAAAGAAGCUGAAAAUACAAGGACGUGAUCUCAUGCAUUUACCCAAGGCAGUUUUCCGCUUGAUUGAACUUGAGGUGUUGGAUCUGAGCCCAGAAAGAGAAGCUUGCUUGGAUUACAAGUUAAGUACGCUGCCUGCAGAGAUUGGCAAACUUCUCAAUUUGACAACAUUGUUACUGGACACGAACGAACUUCUUGAGGUGCCAGUCGAGAUUACCCUGCUGACCAACUUAGAGCGGUUGGCACUCAGCAACAACCAUCUCUCAGAGCUGCCCAACGGAAUCCAGCGAUUGCAGAAAUUAACAAGCUUGCAUCUGGCCAACAACAAAUUCUCCAAAUUUCCCGCAGAAGUUUGUGAAAUUACCUGUCUUGUGUUUCUGGACUUCAGUGAUAAUUUUCUGCGGGCUUUGCCCUCAACAAUCAGUAAACUGACCAACCUGGAGACACUGCUCCUGUUCAUCAACCAGCUGACAAAACUACCGGACACUAUAGUCCACAUGACGAACCUACGCUGUCUGUGGCUGGGUAACAACCACAUCAGGGCCUUGCCAAGAGAUUUUGGACGUCUAGCGAAACUGGACUGGAAAGAAAGGUACACAUCAUCAACUCUUGAUGGAAAUCCUUUGGAGAACCCGCCACUGGAAAUUUGCCGAAUGGGGCCGGAAGCUAUUGAACAAUUUCAAAACUGCACCUCCACAAUUGGCACAGAUAAACAGCAGGCAAAAGAAAACACCAAAGCAGAAAAAAGAAGCAUAGCCAGACUUGUGUCCCGUGACUCAAAUAAAAGUAGUCAAAGCAGCAACGACGCGGAGCAGACAAAGUCUAAAGACAUACAUAAAGAUAAUCCACCCAAAAGUCUAACAGAAAGACGUGACUCAGCGGAAGAAGCCGAAGGCAAAAGAAUGAACAAGGGCCGACUGGUCUCUCGUGAUUCUAGUGACAGUAUCAGAAGUAAUGUCGAAGAGAUGGGCAUGCCCAAAAGCAGAGUUCAAACAGAUGAUAGUAAAUAUUCCUCACCUGAGAAUGAGAAGAGUACUAACGGUAUAUUUUCACAUGCAAAAUCUGUGAGGAGAACCAAAUAG